UUUGUAUAUAACUAACUCGUUCUAUUAGGCUCCUUUCAUUUGUCAUUUAUUUUUUAUUUGUGUAUGAUUGGGAGAAAGGAAAUUUGAGUUGAUAAAGAAAAAAUGAAAAUUCAAAGCCUUUGGAGAUUUGUAAUGUUUGUGGGUUUCGCUACCAUUUUUGUGCCUGGAGCUCUAGGCUGGAGCAAGGAGGGUCACAUAAUGACUUGUCGGAUUGCACAGAACCUCCUUGGACCUGAAGCAGCGCAUGCUGUAGAACAUUUACUGCCUCACAGUGUGAACGGAGACUUAUCAGCACUGUGCAUAUGGCCUGACCAAAUCAGACACUGGUACAAGUACAGGUGGACAAGUCCUCUUCACUUCAUCGAUACCCCAGACAAGGCCUGCACAUUUGAUUACUCAAGGGACUGUGUGAAGGACAGGUGUGUUGCUGGUGCCAUCCAAAAUUUUACAUCUCAACUUUUGCACUACAGAGAGGGUUCCACUGAUCGCAGAUAUAAUUUGACUGAAGCUUUGCUAUUCUUGUCUCAUUUCAUGGGAGAUAUUCAUCAGCCAAUGCAUGUUGGAUUCACUAGUGAUGAAGGAGGGAACACCAUUGAGUUGCACUGGUACAGGCACAAAUCUAAUCUCCAUCAUGUGUGGGAUAGAGAGAUUAUUCUAACAGCUUUAAAAGAUUUCUACGAAAAUGACAUGGACCUCCUCCAAGAAUCCAUUGAAGGGAACUUCACUGAUGGAACAUGGUCCGACGAUUCAACAUCAUGGAAAGACUGUGAGGAUCUCCUUUCAUGUCCAAACAAAUAUGCAGUAGAGAGCAUAAAUCUAGCUUGCAAAUGGGGUUACAAAGGCGUCAAGGAAGGUGCAACUCUAGCAGAUGAUUAUUUCAAUUCAAGGAUGCCAGUUGUGAUGAAACGCAUCGCUCAAGGAGGAGUUCGUUUAGCCAUGUUCUUGAAUUCAAUUUUUGGAGAUUCUGAAGAUGAGAUGACAUUAGCAACCUAAUAAGCAAUUGAUUCAUCAACAAAGGAGCAGAAAAACUCGUUAUCAUCCAUUUAUUCUCCUUAACCAGUCAUUUUAACUGACUUGAAUUAUCAUCUGCUUCAUUUCCUGAUGUUCAUAAAUCACCAUCGUUGUUUGUUCUUUCAUGUUUUUCCCUUGUAUUUGAAAGUUCUUAUUCCUGUAUGGACAAAAUUUACGCUAACAGCAAUUAGCAAAAGUAAUAACAUUUCAUUGACGUUUUACCUUGUCAGCCAA